GAAAAAGUAAUGCCAAAGAUGUUGACGUUUGUUAGCUAGUUUGCUAGCUACGAUACCGCCUAAUUUUGAGUGCGCUGGCGCUGUGUCAGAUGAUAAACUAACUUGUUAUCUGACAUUCAUUAGCUAUGGACUUUCAAGGUGCAGAACCAAUGACUCUGGGUUCCCCAAGCACGCCAAAACCGGCUACUGGUGCCCUGUUCUUACCAGGGUUUCUAAUGGGGGAUCUGCCAACUCCAGUCACUCCACAGCCAAGGUCCACCAGUGGUGGGAUAGAACUCCGGUCGUCUCUCCUGGCAGGUGGGUCCCCACCCCUACCUGUGGUCCCCACGCCUAAGGACAAGAGUGGAGCCCCCCCAGUGAGGAGCAUAUAUGAUGAUUUUACCAGUCCAGGAAUGGGAAUGUCUCCACUUAGCUCAUUCAAGCAACCAUUCUCAGGAAUGCAUACCCCAUUGUCUGGAUUUGUGGCUGCCACACCAGGGUCAACAUCAAGCCUUUUUAGUCCGGCUGGCAUUGGACAGCAGAGACACCCUAUGCUCUCCCCAGCCCAACUGGAUCCUUUCUACACGCAAGGAGAUGCUUUGUCUGCAGAAGAUCACCUGGAUGACACGUGGGUCACGGUGUUUGGGUUUCCGCCUGCCUCAGCUUCUUACAUCCUCUUGCAGUUUGCGCAGUAUGGAAACGUAUUAAAACAUGUGAUGUCAAACACUGGAAACUGGAUGCAUAUACAUUAUCAGUCUAAACUACAGGCUAGAAAAGCGCUAAGCAAAGAUGGGAAAAUCUUUGGGGAAUCCAUCAUGAUCGGGGUUAAACCUUGCAUAGACAAGAAUGUGAUGGAGUGCUCUGAAAAAGGCCCAGCGUCCUCCAGCACAGCAUUCACUCCUGUGAAGGCCAGCAGCACUCCCAUCCAGCCCUACACCCCACGCUCAGCCAUGAGGCCCCUCAGUGCUGCCUACAGGGCGUCCAGCAGUGACUACCAGGUUGUUUCAGAUCAACAAACACCAAGGAAAGAUGACAGCUUCGCUACAAAAGUUUUGGAGUACAUGUUUGGUUGGUGAAAGACUUGAUUCCUGUUGUUUUGUUUUAUUUAUAUAUAUAUAUGUGUUUGUUUGCUUGGUUCCAAAUGCAACUGAUAGCCUUUUUGGUGCGGACUUUUGAAACAAAAAUCGGUACAUGCACUUUAUGGUCAAUUAUGCCAGGUUUAACGGAAUAUGUAUUAUGUAUACAGUAUGAAUUUGGGUAAGUAAUUCAUUAUUACGUAUGACUGUAAAAUAACAUGCUACAUGUAGACCAAAACAAAUAGAAAAAAAUGGCACUACAUGCAUUCAGGGGCAUAACGAGGAUUUGAGGUUUGGGGAGGCUAAGCCCUGAACCCAAGGUUAAUCCUAUGGGAAAGCCACUAAUUUGGUUCAUACAAUGUGUAUAAUGUACAGGAUACCCGACUUGAUCACUGGGCCAGUAGCCUAUUGCUGCAGCCAAAAAAUGUUUAACAAUAGUACUGGCUAGCUAACAAUCAACUUAAAAAAAAAAAUACUCUCCCUGUUACCGCCUUGAUGUUCGCUGUCCUCAAACACUGAAAAGCUACAGGGUACAAUGUGCGGUCAAUAUCCCCCAAUCUAUGGUAUCAACAUGACCAAAAAUACUUACAAUCCUCCCGUUUUCUCUAGAGAUCCACUUUUGUGGUUAAGGCAUCCGUCUUCCUCCUUCCACUAGCUGAUGUUAAAAUGUCUCCGCAAAAACUACAGAAUAACAAAAUUCUGCAUCAUCAUCACGUAAUAAAAAAAUAGACACUUGAUAUUGGACAACAGCAUGGCCUACACAGGUGUGUUUCUUUGCGCAGGCUAAUGUAGCUUAGGCUACAUUUUCUAGGGGGUGGAUAAAGCCUCCCCAAAAAUAGUUUUUGGAUUUUUAGGGCUAGUUGAAAUUUUUAAUUGGUUCCUUACCUCUACAAUAGAAUAAGAAAUACAAUGUUUUGCUCUAUAAGUGUCUUGACUUGCAUGAAGUGAAUAUAUAUAUUUUUUAGCUUAAAACCUCAAACUAGAGCUUCAAAUGGGCCCAAAUAUUUCUUUCCGACCCACCUAACCCAGCAUUCUUUCCAGCACAAACCAAUCCGACCAUGUGUGUUGCAGGAUUUCAAAAAGCUAGAUCCGAUUUGAGUGCAUCAGUAGGCUGCAGUAGACAUGUCCUGGUUUGAAGUAUCAUCGAUACUCUGUUUUCUAUGAAAAACUGUCUGUGUUGGAUCAGUGAAUGGUGAUAGAGCUGGGUAACACGGCCUCAAAUCAAUAUCAUGAUCAUUUGAUACAUUUACCGGCAAAGGUAAAUACACAAUCAUCUCUGUGGUUUAAAAACAACACUUUUUAAACUACCAUCACAGCUUUCUGGCAAUAAAGGCGAUCUUAUCUCUAUGUAUUACAAGCAAUUGUAGGAAAUAAUUGAAUGACACAAUCUUUUAAUGAACAUUUAAAAAUAUUGAACAUUUUAAUUUGUUAUUUAUCACAACACUUUAGCAUAUUGAUAAUUAACAGAUAUGUAAUUAAGAUUGUAAUGAACAUUUAGCAUUCGCAAUGCAUAUUUCAUUCUAUUUAACUUUAAAUCAGACUGUGGUUGUCAGACUUUUAAUAUUAUAUGUAAACUAAAGCUAAUCUUAUCCGGUACAUAAACAUAAAUAUUCACUCAAAUAUAACUGAAUGUAAAAAUACAAUGCUGCAGCUAAUGAGAGCAUAAAAGUACAUCUGCUUGCCAAUGUCACUGACUGGAGAUGACUAACAUUAGCCGCGAAUAUCAUGUUUUCUCUUCACUUAACCUUAAUAUACAAUGCCCAUGAUAAUGUUUGGGAAAAAGACCCAUCAUUUAUUUAUUUUUCUCUGUACUCCAAAAUUAGAUAUUUGAGACCUGUAAUUAAGUGUACAUUGCUGAUUUUAGUAAGGGUAUUUUUAAACAUUUUGGCUUCACUGUGUAGAAAUUACAGCAGUGUGUAUAGUCAUUGUCUCACUGUAGAAUGAACCACCGGCCGGAGUUUCGAGGCUUGAACUUGAGCAGAUGUCUAUAUACUUCAGAAUUCAGUAUUUUCAGCAGCCAUACAUGCCCAGGCCAUAUCACCCCCACCGUGUUUCACAGAUCAGCUGGUAUGUUUUGGAUCUUGAGCAGUUCUCUCCUGCCUACUUUGCCCUUGCCAUCACUCUGAUAUAACUUAAUCCUCAUCUCAUCUGUCCGCAAGGCCUUUUUCCAGAACUUCAUGUUAAACUGUAACCUGGCCACCCUCUUCAGAGAUAGAGGCAUCUUGCAAUAUAGGCUCUGUAUUUCUGUUCAUGAAGUCUUCUGCGGACAGUAGGGCUGGGAACCAAAAACCAGUUCCAAAUUAGAACCAGGUCCAAAAUUCCAAGAACAAGGUAACCGGUCAGAAAUUUGAAUUUUGGUUCUCCUUAUUGGUUCCUUAAGUGUACAAUAUUUAAUUUCGGACUUCUAACAGUCAGGAGAGGAAUUACAGCAACAAACACCCUCAAACCACUGUUCAACCAUCCCACAGUCUGUGAAUGUAACACAUAAUAUAAAGCGUUAUUAUAUAAGUCAGUGUUCUCAUGCACUGUUUUGGAAAGCUGACUGACAAAUCCAACAGAACCUUCUGUCUUUUCAGAGUGUUCUAGUAAGAAAAUGUUCAAACAGGUAACUUUAUGAAAUGUUUACUUUAUUGUGCUACCCAACACUAUUUAUAUUCUUUUUUUUUUUUUUUUGUCUUUUUUAAGUUUUAAUUUUGGCCAACUAACUAUAUUAUGAGCAAGCAACAUAUUUGGCUAUGUAACUAGCUCACUAUAAUAUUAAGAUGUCUACCACUUCUUAAGAAGAGUCUACCACAAACGAUGCAAAUAAAGAUUUACCUAAACAUGCAUGAUUGAAGAUGUAAGGAGAUAAAAGGAACGUGCAGCUGCCAAAAUUGCACUCCAGACAAGCGAUCACUGAAACUGAUAUCUAGUUAUAAAAAGAUACCAGUUCAUUAUUGAUAGCAACAAGCAAAUUAACAGGCCUGGAGACAAGAGGACUGAGAGAGUGCUGAGGAGAGAGAGGAAAGCAGGGUGGAAGAGUCAGUGGGUAGUUUGGAGAAGGAUUCAAGAGGAGGGAGAGAAGCGGUCACUAGAGUUUAAGGGGUUGAGUUAUUGAGAAAGAAUGGUAUUCAAAGGUGGAUAGGGAUAAGUCAAAGAGGGAAAAGAGAAAGAGAAUUUCCAGGCGGGGGAGAUCAACUAGCCAGUGCCACCUCCAUGGCCGCUGGGUGUGAGAAGGAGGAUGAGAGGGCAGCAGGAGUGGCGGUAUUAUCUGGUGUGUGUGUGUCUAGGUGAAGGCAAGGAACUGUAGGGACAGGCGGGAGGCAUAAGCAGUAAUGAAGUCAUCCUUCCAUGUGGCAGAGUGGCAACUGUGAAGUUGUCAUAGGGCAUCAGUGGGGGUAGCAGAGGUUGGUGGGGUUCCGUCGUAGUGGAGGGCCACGUCGUUGGAAGUGCCUUCUGUAGGGGAGAGAGCAGACAGGAAUGGGGUGCUGACACGCCAUACCAUACUAACUGGGAGGGAGCCACUCUGAGCUCGCCGAUACAACCUGCUGAUUACCAAAUAGAAUCUAGCGAUCUAAUAAUUAAUCUAAUAAUUGCAGCGUCCAGAGCCUAACUGAUUCUGAUCACCUAAUAAGAGUAACAGUGAUGAGUGAGCAAGAUUCAGUAACUAAUAUCAAAUGCAGCACAGACUCACAAGAUUUCCUUAAUAUCUAAUACUGACGCGCUAAAAACAGAAUCAAUACUUAAGUUCUCUAGUCAGACGGCCUUCAACAGCUACACGCACCUGGUGGAAAAAGCACAAAACCAGUGUUUCCCAACUCCAGUCCUCGGGACCCACAUGCCAGAAGGUUUUUGUUGUAACCAGUAACUCACACACCUGAUUUAAUGAUUGAACCAAUCAAACCACAA